AUGGGAGCUCUGGACCUUGACAAGCGAGAUGACCAAGGUAUGCCUCCAUUGUUGGCUGCUUGUUGUGCUGGUUCUCUCGCUGGAGUAGCAUGGUUGCUGCUUCACGGUGCGGAUUGCUAUGCGGAGGAUCGGUUGAAGCGGAAUGCUCUCUACAUCGCCUCAGCCAAUGGCCCCGACUCAGGCCGGCUGGUGAAGUUCAUUUGCCGAUGGGAUGCAGACGUCUCCAGGUUAAAGUCCAUGAGAGACUGGAAGGGUCGGCGACCACAAGAGGUUUAUCUCUAUAGUAGAGGCUGGUCUCGGCGGAACUUGCCUGGGGGUGAUGAGCGCCUUGAGCACUUCACGACGAUUUGGGAGGCAGCAAGAAGCGGCGAUUUAAAAAUGCUAAGGCUCAGCCUCAAGGAAGCUGGCGUGGACGAUGUGAGUCCUGCAGGCUGGACUCCCGCGAUGUAUGCUGCACAAAAUGGUCACAUCGAAGUUCUAAGGAUCUUGCUUGCGAUGGGGUGCACUUGUUCUAGCGGAGGGAAACCCCAGCGGCAAGAUCUCCAAAAGUGGAAAGGAGACAGCCCACUACACCUGGCUGCUGAGGCAGGUCAUGCUGACAUUUGCAGCUUGCUGGUACGCGCUGGCAGAGUACCUUUGCAGGCUCGCAACCAUGCCGGUCUGACCCCACUGCAUAGCAGCGCCUUGAAAGGUCAGCUUGUGACCGUGAAAAUGCUCAUGGCUUUGAAAGCUGAUCCGGAGGAGACUGAGAGGUCAAAGAUGCCUCGCAACAUUUUCCACAUGUUGGUUGCAAAUGAUCCUGAACAGACCGCUUGUGUACAGUGGCUCUUGGGCUACAUGAUGGCAGAGGAAGCGGGUCCACAGAAAGUGGCCAAGCUUUUGGAGCACGAAGAUCGAGCGAAAGGCCUCCGACGCCCUGCUGAUUUGGCCAAGCAAGGACGAUUGCGGCAGGUCCUGAUGCAAGCAUUGCACAAAGCCCGGCAGAGACUUGAUGAGGAUCUCUACGCAGGCUCGUCCUCUACGAGAUGA